AUGUUACGGACCUCAACUCGCAGAGGGUCUGCCAUAUUCUUGCCAUUACUGUUACUCAAAGCAAUGGUUGGUGUAUCCGUACCCUUCCUUCGAUUUCCUCCUGCCAUACCUGCGGCUUCAGGGAGCGGCGUGCCCGCCGUUAUCGGCUACUUGAAUGGUGUGAAGAUGCCGCACGUGGUCGAAGUGAAAGUUCUCAUCGUGAGGAUGCUGAGCACGAUACUCACCUGCGUCGGGGGCCUGGCGGGCGGCAAGGAAGGGCCAAUGAUCCACUCGGGAGCGAUCGUGGGCGGCUCCCUGGCGACGCUGUGGCUGCCCUGCCUGGGCCCGCACUCGGUCCUCCACUACUUCAGGCAGGAUCACGAGAAGAGGGACUUCGUCGCGGGUGGGUCGGCUGCUGGCGUAGCCGCUGCUUUCGGGGCUCCUGUUGGUGGCGUGCUGUUGAGUUUAGAAGAAGGAACAAGUUUCUGGAGCUUAUCAUUAAUCUGGAAAAUUUUCCUGUCCUCAAUGGUGGCUACCUUUACUCUCAACUUAUCUCUCAGUGCUGUUGAGGGUCACCCAGGGCAGUUAACUCAUCCAGGACUCUUGUUUUUUGGUAGACUGAAUGAUACCAUCACCAAGUAUGAGGUUUUUGAACUCCCUAUUUUCAUCUUGAUGGGAGUUAUUGGAGGACUGCUGGGAGCUGUUUUUGUUGCCAUCAACAUGCGACUUAUGGUUUUUAGAAUGAAGCACAUAAAGAAGAAAUGGAUGAAGCUUCUUGAAGUACUGUUUGUAGGUUUCUUGACUGCAACAUGUGGAAUGGCAUCUAUAUACUCACUUGAUUAUUGCAGGGAGUUCACCAAACAAAGCCCCAAGUUUGCUGUGCAGAUGUUCUGCCAUGAAAAUCUUCACAAUGAGCUGAGUGCGUUUUGGUUUCAGAAAUCGGAAGACACCCUUCGUUCUCUUUUUCAUGAUCCUAAAGGUUCUUAUAGUGUUAUUCCACUUUUAGUAUUUUUCCUAAUGUAUUUCUCGAUGUCCAUCAUGACAACUGGUCUCAGUGUGAGUGCUGGAGUUUUUGUACCAGCCUUACUCUCAGGUGCUGCAUGGGGUCGCUUAAUUGGAAUAGGGAUUCAGCAUUUCUUUCCAGAAGCGGAAUGGGCAGAGCCAGCUAAAUAUGCCGUAAUAGGAGCCGCGGCACAUCUCGGUGGAAUCUGUCGAAUAUCAAUCUCUCUCACUGUCAUGAUGAUUGAAGCAACUGGUAACAUUACAUUUGGUCUUCCUCUCAUGCUUACCCUCAUUACAACUAAAUGGAUUGGAGAUCUUUUUACUGAGGGUGUUUAUGAGAUGCAGAUCUACCUAAAUGGGGUGCCAUUGUUACCUUCAGCACCUCCUCCCCUGUCUUCUGACAUCAAAGCAACAGAUGUGAUGUCAGCCCCUCCUGUAGUUUUCCCGGCAAAAGUGAAGGUCGCUAGGAUCAUUGACACAUUAGACAAUGUUCCUCACAAUGGAUUCCCCAUAGUUGAUCCUUCAACUUCAAUAGGGCAGGUAUGUAUCCCUUUGUUAAACUUUAGAUUUAUUUUAUCUUUAAUCAGGAUUAGCUUGGGGAAAAAAAACUAAAUAUAACAAUAGUAAAAUAAACUA